AUGGACAUCUUGGAGCUGCAACGAUGGGCCUUUAUGCCUAAUCUUCCCGCUGAUAUAGCGCCGAUCCGGGACUUGCUCACGCGCUAUGGCGACAUCCCGGCAGAUGAGAUUGAGACUCACCUUAUGAGGAUCCGAGAGGCGGCUUGGGCGAGUUCAAGGAUGCCCUUUAUUGGCCGGUGGAAGUUCCUCACUCUCAACGACACCAACGACUCCCGCUACCAGCAGGCUCUGUUCCGCCUCAGGCUGUCUCAAUCAAAGGACGCCCUUCUGGACCUGGGCUGCGGACUUGGCCAAGUUCUUCGACAAUUCCGAGCUGACGGCGUUGAUGGGACACGGCUGUAUGGACUCGACUCUAGCCCCCUAUUCAUCUCGUCGGGCUAUGACCUCUUCCGAGAUAGAGAUUAUUUGGGCGCUCAUUUCACAGUUGGAGACGUGACGGAUCCCGAUGACCCGAGUCUGGAGGAGCUCGACGGCCGCGUCAGCAUCAUUCACGCCGGAAGCUUCUUCCACCUGUUUAGCUGGAGACAGCAAUUGUGCAUUGGAAAGCGGCUGGUCCGCUUCCUGCAGCCAGGCAUACGCAACGCCUUUAUAUACGGCCGACAUGUGGGCGUCACCAGCAAUCACGACGUCGACAUGAGCGAUUCUUCACCCUGCCUGCACACCCAGGAGACUUUCCAACGCCUCUGGGACGAGGUGGGAGAACUAACGAUGACCAAGUGGAAGGUCGAGAUAGAGCCAUCGGGCGAGAAGAUGGCCUGGCUGCCAGGAAACCCGAAAAGCGCACAUGCCGUCAACUUUACCAUAUAUCAAGUUCCUAGAAUUGAAUUAAAAAAGAGUUGCUUAUAG